AUGGAAACGCUAUUUUGGUUGAUACUUUCCACCCUUGGGUGGACUUUCAUCUGUGGAUCUGAAAUGGAACGGGAUUUUAUGUGGCACUUGAGAAAAAUACCCCGGCUUGUCAGUGAAAGGACCUUCCAGCUCACCAGCCCCACCUUUGAAGCAGACGCUAAGAUGGUGUUAAAUCAAGCGUGUGGCAUCGAAUGCCAGAAAGAACGCCCAGCUCCCAACCUUUCUGACCUGGAAGACUCUCUCUCAUAUGAGACUGUCUUUGAGAACGGCACCCGAACCUUGACCAGAGUGAAAGUUCAAGGUUGGGUCCCUGAGCCACGUGAAAAUGUCACUGCCCAGGAAGCACCUGUGAGGAGAAAGAGACAGGUGUACGGCACUGACAGCAGGUUCAGCAUCUUGGACAAGAGAUUCUUAACCAAUUUCCCUUUCAAUACGGCCGUGAAGCUCUCCACGGGCUGCAGUGGUAUCCUCAUCUCCCCCAACCACGUCCUAACAGCUGCCCAUUGUGUCCACGAUGGAAACGACUACAUCAAAGGCAGCAAAAAGCUAAGGGUAGGGUUGUUGAAGAUGAGAAAUAAAGGUAGUGGCAAGAAACACAGAGGUUCUGGGAGGAACAGGAGGGAAGCAAGGGGUGGUGCUGGAAGACAGGGUAGCAGAGAGAACCUGAAGGAGAGCGCCAAGGCCGGGAGGAGGGGAAAGGAAUCUGCUCGGGGUCAGAGAGCCGCUGAUGGGACGCCCUCCUUCCAGUGGACCCGGGUCAAGAACACCCACAUCCCCAAAGGCUGGGCUAGAGCAGGGAGGGGAGACGCGGCCUUGGAUUAUGACUAUGCCCUUCUGGAGCUGAAGCGUGCUCACAAAAAGAAAUACAUGGAGCUGGGCGUCAGUCCCACCGUCAAGAAGCUGCCCGGCGGAAUGAUCCACUUCUCAGGAUUUGAUCACGACAGGGCAGAUCAGUUAGUCUACCGGUUUUGCAGCGUGUCCGAUGAAUCCAAUGAUCUUCUCUAUCAAUACUGCGAUGCUGAGUCGGGCUCCACUGGCUCUGGGGUCUAUCUGCGUCUGAAAGAUCCGGACAAAAAGAGAUGGAAACGCAAAAUCAUUGCGGUCUAUUCCGGCCACCAGUGGGUGGACAUAAACGGAGUUCAGAAGGACUACAACGUGGCCGUGCGCAUCACGCCCCUCAAGUACGCCCAGAUCUGCCUCUGGAUGCACGGGGAUGAUGCCAGUUGCACCUACGGCUAA